AUGGACCCUACCAAGUACAGAGGGAAGCAGGCGAUGACAGUGGACAUAGAGCAGAUGCCGGAGACACCUCACCGUGGGAACCACCACCGAAGGGCCCACUCCGACACUUCCUUCCGCUUCGACGACCUCCUCCUCUUCGAUGCUUCUGACUUCGACCUCUCCUCUCUCGAUGACCUACCUCCCAACACCACCACCAACACCCACCCUCCACCUGCCGCCCCCAUGGCCGUCGACUCCUUGUCCGAUGACUCCACAUCCAACGGUCAGAAUCAGAAGCCCAAACCCGUCAAUCACCUCCGGAGCUUGUCUAUGGACUCUGACUUUUUUGAUGGGUUGGGUAUCGGGGCUGGCAGUGGUGGAGAUGAGAAAUUGGGUGGGAAAGCGAUGGCGGGAGAAAAGAGGGCUGCGAACCACCACAAGCAUAGUUAUUCGAUGGAUGGGUCGAUUGAGGUGGAGUCUGUUAUGAUUGAUGGUGUUAAGAAAGCUAUGGCUCCUGAUAGACUUGCAGAGCUAUCUUUGAUUGAUCCCAAAAGAGCGAAAAGGAUUCUUGCUAAUAGGCAAUCUGCAGCGCGGUCAAAGGAGAGGAAAAUCAGAUACACUGGUGAGCUAGAGAGGAAGGUGCAGACGCUUCAGACUGAAGCAACCACUCUCUCUGCACAGGUCACGAUGCUGCAGAGAGACACUAAUGGGUUGACUGUUGAGAAUAAGGAACUGAAACUGCGGUUACAGGCUAUGGAGCAACAAGCACACCUUAGAGAUGCUCUGAAUGAAGCAUUAAGGGAAGAGGUGCAGCGGCUUAAGAUAGCAACUGGUCAUAUUCCGGCUGUCAAUGGAAACCCUUUCAAUAGAGGUAUAGCUCCUCAAUUUCCAUCACAUCAGGGCUUACCGCCCUUUGGCAACCAGCAAACUCAGCAGCAGCACCAACAGCAGCUGCACAUGCCACAGUCAUCCACCAGUGGUCAGACUCUCAAUGGGCAGCCCCGCCCUAACUUUCCGAAUUUCAGCCAGAGGGCAAAGGUUGUGAAAGAGGACUUGCUCAUAGCUCCUGAGCACAUCAGGCUAUGCUAUCCUUUAGGACAGUUUUUAUUUACCACAUGUUACAUAGAAAUUAGGUCACUUCAUGAAACAAUUGGGUGGAUGACUAUUGAUCUAGCGACUAGCAAUGGAGUUGAGCAUCUUGCUGGUCUUCCUUCUCAUAAGCAUGCUUGUACUUUCAGCUUUCUUCUUGCUACAUUCAUGGAUUUCACCAAAAGAAAUGGAGCUGGUAUAUUCAGCUUCAUGAAAAACAGGCAGCAGAGGUAUGGAAAGGUGUUCAAGACUUUUGUUCUAGGAAGAUUCACCGUAUUCAUGACUGGAAGGGAAGCAAGUAAAAUCUUGUUAACAGGAAAAGAUGGAAUGGUGAGUUUGAACCUCUUUUAUACAGGGCAGCAGGUGCUAGGCCCUACCAGCUUGCUCCAAACCAACGGAGAGGCACACAAAAGGCUUCGGCGUCUGAUUGGAGAACCCCUGUCGGUUGAUGGCCUAAAAAAGUAUUUUCACUUCAUUAACGCUCUGGCAAUUGAAACGCUAGACCAAUGGCGCUCUGGACAAACAGUGCCGGUCCUUGAAGAAGCUUCUACAUUCACUCUGAAAGUAAUCGGCAACAUGAUAAUGAGCUUAGAACCCGCUGGAGAAGAGCAGGAAAAGUUUCGAUCAAAUUUCAAAAUCAUCUCUUCCUCAUUUGCAUCACUGCCAUUUAAAAUCCCUGGAACAGCUUAUCAUAAUGGUAUUCAGGCUCGGGAUAGGAUGUACGGAAUGUUAGACUCGAUAAUUGCAGAGAGGAGAAGCGGCAAAAGCUACCAACAAGAUUUCUUAGGGUCUCUGAUAAUGAAACAUAGCAAAGCAGAUGGUGCAGAAGAUCAGGAGGACAAACUGACAGACAAACAACUGAAGGAUAAUAUAUUAACUCUCCUAGUUGCAGGUCACGAUACAACAACUGCUGCUCUCACGUGGCUUAUGAAAUUUCUCGAAGAAAAUCCUGCAGUUUUGGAGAAACUCCGAGAAGAGCAUAUAAACAUCCAUUCAAAGAGAACGGAUGGGGCCAGCCUCACAUGGUCCGAAGUUAACAACAUGUCUUACACCAACAAAGUAAUCAAUGAAACUCUUAGAAGAGCCACAAUAUUACCUUGGUUUUCAAGGAAAGCUGCCCAGGACUUUGAAAUUGGCGGAUAUAAAAUCAAGAAAGGCUGGUCUAUUAACUUGGAUGUUGUUUCCAUCCAUCAUGACCCAGAAGUUUUUCCUGACCCCGAAAAGUUCAAUCCCUCCAGAUUUGAUGCACCCGUAAAGCCUUUCAGCUUUCUUGGAUUUGGUAGUGGACCGCGGAUGUGCCCUGGAAUCAACCUUGCCAGACUAGAAAUCUGUGUCUUCAUACACCACCUGGUCAUCCGAUACAAGUGGAGAACUCUUGAGAAACAUGACUCUGUCCAGCCAACACUAGUGCGGAUGCCAAGAAACAAGUAUCCAGUUAUAGUCGAGCCACUGUAA